GUCCCCCAUGGACGCUGAAGCCUCCACCAUGAAUUUCCGGACGCCCGGGUUCUUCCGGCGCAGCCCCCCGUCCGCGGCGAAGCCGGCCCCCGGGGCCGGGGGGGUGUCGGCGGUGGGGGGCAUCGCCCAGAUCUCGCCCUGUCUGUACCUCUGCAGCGGCAACGCAGCCGCCAACCGGCACCUGGUGUCCGCCCGGGCGGUGACCUGCGUGGUCAACGCCACCAUGGAGAUCCCCAACGCCAACUGGCCCGACAUCGACUACGUCAAGGUGCCAGUGCCCGACCUGCCCCACGCCCCGCUAGCCCUCUACUUCGACUCGGUGGCCGACCGCAUCCACCAGACGGGCAAGCGCAACGGACGCACCCUGGUGCACUGCGUGGCGGGCGUGAGCCGCUCGGCCUCGCUCUGCAUCGCCUACCUGAUGAAGUACCAUCGCCUCAGCCUGCUGGACGCCCACCAGUGGGUGCGGAGCCGGCGCCCCGUGGUGCGGCCCAACGUGGGCUUCUGGCGCCAGCUCAUCGCCUACGAGCGCCAGCUCUUCGGCAAGAACACUGUGCACAUGGUGCCCUCGCCCAUCGGCCUGGUGCCCGACGUCUACGAGAAGGAGACCCGCGGCCUGGUGCCCCUCUGGAGCUACAGAUAGGCGGGGCGGGGGUGCCGCAGCCGGGACCGGACCCGUCUUGGCGGCCCGGGGCGGGACGCGUUCCCACGGCGCUGCCCUGGCCCGGAGCGGGGACGGGGUGUCAGUACAACUGCCCCAGCGCGGGGUAGAUUGAACCCCGGCCGGCUGGAACUGCCCCAGGCCGGGCAAGGUGGUGGCGUUUCACGGUGCUGCCCCAGCAAGGGGCAGAUCUCAGCGGCCGUCCCUGCGCCGGGGCCGAUUCCCGGCCGGCACAGGUCUGACUGCCCCGCUGGGGGCAGACCGAACACCAAAGCGGCACCAUUGGCUGUAUUUGCCCCGGAGGAGGGAUUUGGGGGCAGCUGCCCCCACCCUGGGACCAGCUCAGCAGGGGGGCAGAUGUCCCCCAAAGGGGCAUUUUCUAACCUCAGAGACUUUGCGGGGGGGUUGUGCGCGGAGUCUGGGGCUGUGUUUAAAGGGGGGGAGAAGAGUUAUUGAGCAUAAAAGCCCCCCCAUGCAUUGUGUGACACCCCCCCGAGCCUACCACACACACCCAACUAACCGCCUUCCAAUUCACAACCCCCUGCAAACAAUUUCUCUGGCCCCCAGAGAGACGAGAUCUAAAUUGCUGCCCCCCCCACUGGGGGGCACAAGUGGGGGGGAUCUGCUCUCAGCCCCUGUAUAGCUCUGUACAUAGCUACAAAGGUCUAUAUUCCUUACCGACCGUUUGUACCGACUUAACGAGCGGAGACUGCUCAUUAAUAAAAAUUAACCUUUCAAUUAAA